UGAAGUUGAUUUUCAUUGUGAAAAGUUAUCAGUUCCAGGCAUUUUUUGGAAUUCCUAGGUUUUUUCUGGUCUGGAGUUUAUCUGUAUUAAAGACCUGGGUCAGUGGAUUCGAAAAUCUUACUUUUAUCUAUGCUAAGAAAACGUCUAUAAUUUUUUCUAGGCCUGAGUCUUUCCUAACUGCAGAUUUUGUGUUGAAAAUCCAGACCUUUUUCCGACUAAAAACGUGGGUCGAUGGUUGUCCAGACCUUUAAAAUCCAGACCUUUAAUCCAGACCUUUAAAAUACAACAAAAUGUAUUUGGUGUGUAUCUCAUAUUAAAUUUUUAAUAAAAAUAUUUUUAGACGUACUGGUUGGAUGAGCUUUUCCUCCUCUUCUUCAACUUCAGUAAAUGGCCAAGUAACUGCAGAUGCUAAUCCAUGCGGACUUAGCCGUUUUCAACGCAUUGCAGCGUUUUUUCUUUGUUUGUUUGCUGCUGGAUUUUGUUUUACCACGGCAAUGAUGUUGUUACCAAUCUUAAUUAUUCAAACAAGAAAAUUUGCAGCUUUAAAUACCCUUGGUUCUGCUUUUUUUGUUGUCAGUUUUGGCUUUCUUUGGGGACCAGUUCCUUAUUUUAAAUUUCUCUUCUCUGAAUCUAGACGAUUAGUGACUGCUAUUUAUUUAAUCAGUGUGAUUACAACCCUUUAUACUUCUUUAUGGCUUAAAAGCACAGUUCUUACAAUUAUUGCUUCGAGUUUUGAGGCUUUUGCUUUAAUUUGGUUUCUCCUUUCUUAUGUUCCAGGAGGUGAAAAUGGGCUUAAAUGGAUGGGUAGAAUGGCCAAGAUGGCAUUUUGUACAAAACAAGCAUCUACUCUAGUCUUGCCUAUUUAA